AUGGCAGCUAGCGCUGUUGAGGCAAAUCGACGCCCCUACGUUGAUCUUGUCUCCACGGUCCCGCAACCCAUUCCCGAAAUGAAUGUGUCUCAUCGUGGGCCAAAAUAUGUGGAUGGAGAAAUCUGUUUUCAGUUUUCUAAGGAGGAGAUUGCAAGAUCCGCUGAACCGUUCCGUUUUUCCAUUGUUCUAAAGUUUCUAAAACAGAGGCCUUCUUUGGAUUCGAUACGGUCUUUCAUCAAUAAUCGUUGGGGUUUAUCAUGCAUGCCGAUUGUCUCGGCUAUGAGGAGACCACGGAAUGUCUUCAUCCGAAUGACUAAUGAAUUAGAUUUCUUAAAAGCGCUUUCUCGUGAAAUCUGUGAUGUGAAUGGCAUUCAAUACAUGGCUUUUCAUUGGAAGCCAGAUUUUAAUGAAGAUGAAGAACCUUCGCUGGUUCCAGUUUGGAUUGUGUUGCCAGGGCUCCCUCCGAAUUUUUAUCAUGAAUCUUUUCUAAAGAUCUUCACUGCUCCAUUUGGCCGAUUAAUUAGAAGGGAUAAUCCGACGAAAUGUGCAACGCGUACGGAUGGAGCACGUUUAUGUUUGGAAAUGGAUGCUGCGAAAGAACCGAUCACUCAUUUCUGGAUUGGGCUACCAGGGCAAGGAAGGAAACAAGAAGUGAUUUAUGAGAUGCUCCCAGCGUUUUGCUCUAAGUAUGGGCAAGAUGCAAAAGAGAGUGAAAAAGAUAUAGAACAAGCAGUGAAGUUGGUUCCAGUAAAUAUAGAAGGUUCUUUGUGUGAAACUUUGAAUAUACAAGCAGAGAAAUCUGAGGUAAAUGAGCUUAUUCCUGAUAUAGAUCGGGUGCAAGAAGUACAGGAUGGUUCAAAUCAAGAUUCAGAAAAGACUAGUGGUCAUGAGUCUGCGCAGGAACAAAAUUAUCAUGUGGAAGAAGUGGAUGCUGAUAUCACUCAGGGUUCUAUGGAUAAUGCGGAAAAGGCUGGAAAGACUGGUACUAUUCUAGAUUCAGAGAUAAGGGGGAUUAAUGCAGUUGAACAGAGUGAGAGGAAAAUUUCAGGGGAGAUGGUUUAUCACGUGGAAGCAGUUGAAAAUGAUAUAAAUAUGGAAGCUACAGAUUUUGUUAAUAUUGAUGGAGAGGGAGUAAUGAAUAUGGGUGAUUCUUUCUCUGAACCGGAGCUGGAAUUAAAUGUGGAAAAUUAUUCAAAGAAUAAGGAUUAUGCUACAGAAAAUGAGGGUGGGGAGAGGAAAAAGAAAGGUGUUCAAAAAACUUUUGAAAAAGUCCGUAGUUCAACUCGAGUGGUAGCUCGUUCUAAUAAAUCCUAA